CUCCCUCCCUCCCUUCCUUCCCUCCCGCGCGAAACCGCCCGCCGCGCACACGGCCAGAAAAAAUCCACCUCCGCCGAGCCUGCUGCUGGUCUUUUCUCUUGCCCGCCCCCUCUGUAGUCUUCUUGCGACUUUCCACCCGCCACUCUCCAAGACAAAACCUCGUCUACGCCGCCGCCCGUCCACUGUCCACUGUGCACAAUUGCGACCGCCCUCCCCAUCGCCAGAAUCCAGCGUCCGACGACAUCCGCUUCGAUCGACCGACAUCAUGCCUGCCAAAAAACAGUGGGACGAAGAGGAGUCCGACUCUAGCACUCCUCCUUCCUCGCCUCCUAUCAAUGCCGCCCGCCGCCGCCAGUUCGGCGACGAAGAGGACGAUAGCGAUGUGCUCGAGUCGUGGGACGCCGCCGAGGAUUCCGAAGUAGAGCGCGAGAAGGAGCGCAAGGCCGCCGAAACCAAGGCCAAGCUCGCCGCCGAAGCCGCCGCGAACAAGAAGAGCAAAGCCGAGCGCAUCGCCGGUCACCAGGCUGAGCGGGCCCGCCAGCGUGCCGAGGAGGGUGAGGAGAGCGAGGAAGACGACGAGACCGAGGCCGAACGCCGUGAGCGCCUGCGCCGCACCGAACAGGAGGCCGACCUCCGACAUGCAGAGGAUCUUUUCGGUACCGUGGGCCUCAACAGCGGCCGAAAGGCUCCUACGAUUGGUGCCGCCGUCGUCGUCGAUUCCAAGGAUCCCACCAACACCGUGAACCUGGCUGCUCUCCCGCUUUUUAACCCUCAGACCAAGAAGCAGUUCGAGCAGAUGCGCACCACCCUUGCUCCCAUCAUUUCCGGCAACGGCAAGAAGGCCCACUAUGGCCUUUUUCUCGAAGAGUUCGUGAGGGAGCUGGCCAAGGAGAUGAACAGCGACCAGGUGAAGAAGGUUGCUAGCGCCUUGACUCGUCUGAGCAACGAGAAGAUGAAGGACGAGAAGGCUGCCGACAAGGGCGGCAAGAAGUCCAAGGCCGCCAAGACCAAGACGUCUCUGGUCACCAGCCGCCCCAACACAACGGACGUCUCCACCUAUGAUGAAGAAGCGUUUGGGGAUGAUGACUUCAUGUGAAGCAACCAAAGGGUUUCACACUUGGCUGCUUGCCCCCUCGUCGCUGGCAUAUGACAUCAACGUACUCGAUUCGAAUCAGGUGUCGGUUCGCGUCAAUAUCAGCCUGCCCAGCAGCGUCACGCGGGCAGGGAUGGACAUGGGGCAUUUUAGAAUGGCCUUGCGCCUAUCCACACUCCGGCUCAGGCUCCGACUAUGAUGCCGACGCCAGCCUCCAACACAAGCAACAACGAGGGGCCGAGAGAUGCGGAUGGCGGUGGGGGCGUGACUUGAGCAUGUAAUGAGAGGUGCUCGCAUGGAACUGGGGGCAUUUAUAGAUGAAUUCUUGUCAGAGGGCAAACGGCAGACUGUUGCUCGGCUUAUGGCUGCCGUCUCCCUCCUACAGCAGGGACCACGACAGCAGUAAGGACAUGCUUGAAAGGGGGAAAUGUGACCAGGAUUAGAAUGCAAAAGCAACUCGGCCUGAAAUUGAUCACCAUUUACAUGAC